CACCGGGCCAGCGGCCAGCGGCUGAGGCGAGCCGGGCAGGACGGGAGGGCGCCCCGCGGGCCGGCGGCCGGGCUGGCUCUGGCUCACCGCCUCGGCGACGUCCACCUGCCCCAGCCACCACCCCUCCUUGCCCCCAGGUCCUUCUCAGCCUCCAGCUGGACUCUCACCACGCUGGGCUGAGCCUCCUCUCCUCUGCUCCCCAUCGCUGCCCAGAACGCCCACCAUGGGGACACCCACCAGGAGGAAGGCACACCUGCUUCUGCUGGUCGCCGUGGUCCUUGUCUCCUCUCCAGCUCGCAGUUCACCCCGGGGAUCCCCAGCCACCUUCGGGCCGGUCUUUGAAGAUCAGCCCCUUGGUCUGCUGUUCCCAGAGGAAUCCACCGAGGAGAAGGUGACACUGGCAUGCCGCGCCCGGGCCAGCCCUCCAGCUACCUACAGGUGGAAAAUGAACGGCACCGAGAUGAAGCUGGCACCGGGUUCUCGCCACCAGCUGGUGGGGGGCAACCUGGUCAUCCUGAACCCCAGCAAGGCGCAGGACGCCGGCGUCUACCAGUGCCUGGCCUCCAACCCCGUGGGCACCGUUGUCAGCAGGGAGGCUGUCCUCCGCUUCGGCUUUCUGCAGGAGUUCUCCAAGGAGGAGCGAGACCCCGUGAAAACCCACGAAGGCUGGGGCGUGAUGUUGCCCUGUAACCCACCCGCGCACUACCCAGGCCUGUCCUACCGCUGGCUCCUCAACGAGUUCCCCAACUUCAUCCCGACGGACGGGCGUCACUUCGUGUCGCAGACCACAGGGAACCUGUACAUCGCCCGGACCAACGCCUCGGACCUGGGCAACUACUCCUGCCUGGCCACCAGCCACAUGGACUUCUCCACCAAAAGCGUCUUCAGCAAGUUCGCUCAGCUCAACCUGGCUGCCGAAGAUACCAGGCUCUUCGCACCCAGCAUCAAGGCUCGGUUCCCAGCAGAGACCUAUGCGCUGGUAGGGCAGCAGGUCACCCUGGAGUGCUUCGCCUUUGGGAACCCCGUCCCCCAGAUCAAGUGGCGCAAAGUGGACGGCUCCUUGUCCCCCCAGUGGGCCACAGCGGAGCCCACCCUGCAGAUACCCAGCAUCAGCUUCGAGGACGAAGGCACCUAUGAGUGUGAGGCAGAGAACUCCAAGGGCCGCGACACUGUCCAGGGCCGCAUCAUCGUGCAGGCUCAGCCCGAGUGGCUCAAGGUGAUCUCAGACAUGGAGGCUGACAUCGGUUCCAACCUGCGCUGGGGCUGCGCAGCAGCGGGCAAGCCCCGGCCCACAGUGCGCUGGCUGCGGAACGGGGAGCCUCUGACCUCCCAGUCUCGCGUAGAGGUGCUGGCUGGGGAUCUGCGGUUCUCUAAGCUGAGCCUGGAGGACUCCGGCAUGUACCAGUGCGUGGCAGAGAACAAACACGGCACCAUCUACGCCAGCGCUGAGCUGGCCGUGCAAGCACUGGCCCCCGACUUCAGGCUGAACCCUGUAAAGCGCCUGAUCCCUGCGGCCCGCGGGGGAGAGAUCGCCAUCCCCUGCCAGCCCCGGGCAGCUCCGAAGGCCGUGGUGCUCUGGAGCAAAGGCACUGAGAUUUUGGUCAACAGCAGCAGAGUGACUGUAACUCCAGAUGGCACCUUGAUCAUAAGAAACAUCAGUCGGUCAGAUGAAGGCAAAUACACCUGCUUUGCUGAGAAUUUCAUGGGGAAAGCCAAUAGCACGGGCAUCCUGUCUGUGCGAGAUGCAACCAAGAUCACUCUAGCCCCCUCCAGUGCGGACAUCAACUUGGGAGAUAGCCUGACCCUGCAGUGCCACGCCUCCCACGACCCCACCAUGGACCUCACCUUCAUCUGGACCCUGGAUGACUUCCCCAUCGACUUUGAUAAGCCUGGGGGUCACUACCGAAGGGCCAGCGCGAAGGAGACAGUUGGGGAUCUAACCAUCCUGAAUGCCCAGCUGCGCCACGGCGGGAAGUACACGUGCAUGGCCCAGACAGUGGUGGACAGUGCAUCCAAGGAGGCCACAGUCCUGGUCCGAGGUCCCCCAGGUCCCCCAGGAGGCGUAGUGGUGAGGAACAUUGGCGACACCACCGUCCAGCUCAGCUGGAGCCGAGGCUUCGACAACCACAGCCCCAUUGCCAAGUACACCCUGCAAGCCCGCACUCCACCUGCAGGGAAGUGGAAGCAGGUUCGGACCAAUCCCGCCAACAUCGAGGGCAACGCCGAGACUGCCCAGGUGCUGGGCCUCACGCCCUGGAUGGACUACGAGUUCCGGGUCGUAGCCAGCAACAUCCUGGGCACCGGGGAGCCCAGCGGGCCCUCUAGCAAAAUCCGGACCAAGGAAGCAGCCCCCUCAGUGGCGCCCUCAGGACUCAGCGGAGGGGGUGGAGCCCCUGGAGAGCUCAUCCUCAACUGGACGCCCGUGCCCCGGGAGUACCAGAACGGAGACGGCUUCGGCUACCUGCUGUCCUUCCGCAGGCAGGGCGGCUCCGGCUGGCAGACCGCCCGGGUGCCCGGCGCCGACGCCCAGCACUUCGUCUACAGCAACGACAGCGUGCGGCCCUACACGCCCUUCGAGGUCAAGAUCCGCAGCUACAACCGCCGCGGGGACGGGCCCGAGAGCCUCACGGCGCUGGUGCACUCGGCGGAGGAAGAGCCCAGGGUGGCCCCUACCAAGGUCUGGGCCAAGGGGGUGUCAUCCUCAGAGAUGAACGUGACCUGGGAACCCGUGCAGCAGGACAUGAAUGGCAUCCUCCUGGGGUAUGAGAUCCGCUACUGGAAAGCUGGGGACAAAGAAGCAGCCGCUGACCGAGUGAGGACAGCAGGGCUAGACACCAGUGCCCGAGUCACUGGCCUGCACCCCGACACUAAGUACCAUGUGACCAUCCGGGCCUACAACCGGGCGGGCACUGGGCCUACCAGCCCUUCUGCCAAUGCCACCACCAUGAAGCCCCCUCCACAGCGACCUCCUGACAACAUCUCCUGGACUUUCUCAAGCUCCACACUUAGUAUCAAGUGGGAUCCUGUGGUUCCUUUCCGAAAUGAGUCUGCAGUCACUGGCUAUAAGAUGCUCUACCAGAAUGACUUACACCCGACCCCCACACUGCACCUGACCAGCAGGAACUGGAUAGACAUCGCAGUUCCUGAAGACAUUGGCCAUGCCCUGGUGCAGAUCCGGACCACAGGGCCUGGAGGGGACGGCAUCCCAGCAGAAGUCCACAUCGUGAGGAAUGGAGGCACGAGCAUGAUGGUGGAGAACUCGGCAGUCAGCCCGGCCCCGCACCCCAGCGCCAUCCUCUCCCCGCCGGUGGUGAUGCUGCUCCUCGCGGGCUACCUGGGGCUCUGACCUCGGCGCCCCUCCCUCCCUGCCGCCACCAGACACCCGCCUCUAAUGGACACAGCCAGCUGGCCCUGGUCCCUUCCUGACGCCAAGGUGGCCCCACACCUGCCUGGGAAUGGCUGGCUUCCAGUACCUGUUGCAAACAGUGCCCUUUUGUAGGAGGUAGGAUAUUUCCUAUUCUGCCACAGGAUAGAACCCACGCAAGGAUAUUUUUUUCUUCUUUAAAUCAAAGGACGCCAGGCGGUAACUUCCAUGAUGAUACUGAACCCUGUGCCUGGGGCCUCUAGGCCGCCUGGACGGGAGGAAACAGGCCCGUGGGAAGAGGGGAUGUGACCCGUGUCUGCACGGAGGAGGUGGCGCUCCGGGACUGCGGACGGCCUCUGGCCCAAGAGCAGAGUGCCCGGCCCCGUGGGAACACGGGCACCAGUGGGCUGCAGCAGGACAAAGCAGACACGUCAGCAUCCCUCAGUCUGAGGAUAGGGCCACACCCAAGAGCAAGAACUCCCCUCCGCACAGCUGCACCCUGACACUGUCCUCCAUAACUCCCCAAGGCCCCUGCCACCGACCCAGGUGGCUGAAAACUGGUGCCCCUAAGUCCGAGGUCAGGAGCCUGAGCCCCUCCAACUUUGGGGGAUGAUAACCCCAGACUGCUGAGGGCAGGAACUCAAAGGGGUUGCGAAGCUGGGACCCCUACUAGGAAGGGGCACCAGACUUGGCCUGAGGCACAGUCCCAAUGGGGGGACGCUGCCCUCUUAGCCAACACUGCCAACCUGACCCUGUCGCCCCCAGAGUGACAGAAGCCACCAUCGGUGGCUGCAUGACUAAAGGGCUUAUCUUGGGGAGGCCCCCCACCCCACCAAGAUCCCUCCUGCACGGUCCCUCCAGGGUGUGGGCAGGAGACAGGAGGCGAGGCUCACGGGCCCAUGCUCUUCCUGCAGCUCAGCCUGCAGGCCCCGGACCGCCAUCCAGCACGAACGCGCUCAAGCCGGGGACAUAAGGCGGCAUCAGUUCUGUGCGUUCUGGGGUCGGGAGUCUUCCUCGAAGGGCUCUGUGUGGCCCUGCCUGCUCCCAGGAAUACUCUGGGCCGCCGGGCAAGACCUGACCCCCGGCUGCCCUGGCCAUUUUGCAUUUCCCCAGGAGAAAAAGGCAUUAACAAACCACGUGCUCUGGGCCCAUCACCAGUCCCGGGGCCUGAGAGCUAGAGGAGGCUUCCGAGCUCAACUCGCCCCAGCCCCUCACUUGACGGAUGAGGAAAUGGAGGGGUGAGGGACUUCCCAAGGCCGCACAGCCCGUCCUACCUUCCUAUUCCGGGCUGUGUCCAGAGGAAGGGGGAGGUGCUGAAAUGGCCGCAGCCUGGUUAAGAAGGUCUUAAGAAGGGCAGUGGGCCAUGAAAACUCUGCUUUAAGAAGUCCAGGUGGGUGGUCAUGGGGUGAUGGGCGUGGCUGGGUCCCAGCCCAAGACGUGAGCCAAUGCCAGGAGACGCUGGGCCUUGGCCUUCUAAGCCUACAGCUUCUGCCGGGCCCUCUAAACGCGGGGCUGGCUUGAAGCCCCCUGCCGCCUCUACCCUUGCUCCAAGAUAAGGAGCUAACACAGGGACAGGGAUUCCCCAAAUCCAGGCAGCAGUGGUGGCACAACCAGGACACCCCAAAGCCUGUGCUCUGACGUGGGGCCCUUCACAGAUGGGAGCAGCUGGACAGGCAUCUUGUAAGGGACAGGCCCGCGGAGGAUCCCAGAGCCUGGCUUCUGUAGUUUACAGUUAGAGCUCUAUUUUGUUACAGGUUUUUAACUUUUCAGUCCUGCUCUGUUUUCCUGGGCAGGUUUACGUUGAUGUUUACCCGCUACAAUUUUUUUAAAAUGUCAGCUCACACCACUUCUCUGGGCCACUGCUGCACCCACCACUCCGCUCCUGUCCCGGGACUGCCUCCCUGGGACCACUGACCACCCCCUCCUCACCUGUUCCUAGCCGUCCCUCCGUGCGAGGUGCUGGGGGCUCAGCUAAGUGACCACCCUGUGGACACAGAGACUCCCAAAGGGUCUAGCACCUUUCCUGGCAUGCCCCGUGGCUGGGAUCCGGCCAGUCCCCACCUCUAUCAGAAAGGGGAUGCUGAGGGGAAAAACAAAACAAGGAGAAACCCCUUCUUCCAAGGGUUAGCUGAGUCUUUCUUCAUUGCUUUGGGCUGCAGCAGGGGAGGCAAGAGGACGGGUGUCUGGGUGCUGGGGCUCGAAGGAUGACCCGGUGCGGCGCAGGACCUAACUGGUGGGGACCUAACCCGUGCAGCUGGAGGCUGAGGAAUCUAAGCUUGAGGCGAAAGGUGCUCAUGACUAAGGAUCUUAGUUCCAAUGAGGCCCCUUGGCAAAGGGGAGGCAGGCAGACCCUCUGGAAAACCUACAAAGGCUUUCAACCAGGAGCACUCAGCCCGGGAAAACCUAACCAGAACUUGUCUGGGGGACGCAGAGCUAUAGGAAAACUCAUGCUCCUGCAGCCUACCACCUCGGGCAGAGGGCCGAUUAAGGUUUAGCGAGACAGUGGGCGACUGGAGGACACGCAGGCAUCUGCAACAGAGAACAGAGUAGCUUCUGGUCGAGGUGGCUUGUGCAGGAGCUUGCCUGCAGGCUGGAGACCCCCUUCCCGGGGCCUCUGAUUUUCACCCCUGCUGUGGCCAGUACUCAAUUCUGCAGCUCUCCUCUCUCAUACACCGAGCCCCCGGGGAGGUGACAAGGGAAACACCCACAGCUUAGUGGCCAGCAAGUGCCUUGAGGGCUAGGUAGGGAGACAGCCCGCAGACACCGCCUCAGGGCCAAGAGCCACCAUGGCUGUGUUCAUUUGGGUACAGUUGGGCUCGGCCUACAGGGCCCUCUGCCCACCCCCCUACCCCCACCCCCCACCCCCCGGGCUUGGCUACUUGGUCCUAGUCACUCUAACAGUCUCAAUGUAUACCUCGCCCUCAGGGAGACAGGAGUGCCCUCCAGACGGGGGUCUCUCGGGGUCCAGCAAGGUCAGGUUAUCCACUUCCAUCCAGGCUGUCGAAAGAGAUGGGCCAGGGAACAGAAAGGCUGUGAGGAGAGGCCCUUUUUCUUUGGAUAAAAUAACAGAACCUGAGGUCAGACAUCAGGAAGAACUGCGAUGAGAGCCCAGGACGAGUGACUGAGAGAGGCUGCUUUUCUAGGGACCUCUGGGGAAUUCUGACUCAAGCUGUUGGUCUGGGGUCUAGGCUCGGGGAAGUCUGGGGGGGUGCGGAGACACCGUGGAGUGUCCUUCCAGGGCUGCGACUGUGAUCGGCACGGAAGAGUCUUGGAGCUCUUUCCACUGUGGCCCUUUCCUGCAGGGGUAGUGACCACAGUCACUGUCACAAAGGGGAAGGCUCGCCUCAGGCAUUCUUUCGUGGCAGGCACUGCCUCUGGGCAGCACCAGGGGCCACGGAGGCUCCUCUGGGCCAGAACCCAAGGAUGGCUAAGGAUGUUUCACUCUUUUCAACUCCUCCCCACCUGGAGGGCUCUUUUCUCUUCCUGGCUCAGAAUGUGACUGCCAACAGGAGGGCUAGUGGUAUCCUCAAACCUAUUUCCCCAGCUCAGACCCAAGCUGGGCUUCGUCCUGGGAUGAAAGAGGUGGCCCGAGAGGCUCCUGGAGCGGUGUGAGGGAUUGGGUGGCAUUUUUAAGGGACUUCUAAAAGCUCCAUGGAAAGAGGUGCCUGGUAGCUGUAUAUAUGGUCCUAGGCUUUGGGAAGGCAGGAUAAUGAAAGUGGAAAGGGGGGGAAAUAGGCCAGGUAACUUUGCCCAGAGCCCCAGAUAGCCUAGCACCCUUCGAUGGGGUGCACCCUUCCUUGGGCCCCAGACUCCUACUUACCCAACCCCAUCCAGGGUCUGCAGAGCUCAGGCUCGCGGCUGGGCAAGGGCUAGGGCUCCAUCAAACCCCUGACUUGACCCUCUUUUUGUUGAAAUGGAACCACUCCCACUGGCCUAUUGUUCGUCUCUCUUGUACUUCUUGUAAUGGUAGUUAUUUAUUGACUCUGGUAGCAGGCAGUUCUUAAAUAAAGUUGAUUUCUCGACAAGCUGGGGCAGCUGGCA